AAUGUAUCUGUCGAUCUCUCAGCGGCCUAUCUGCUUCGUGUCACCAAUCACCUCAUUAAAAUCGCCUAACAUACAAAUUGCACAAUCUAAUUUAUCUUCUGCACAAUCAAACACGAGAGAGAGGGAGAUUGUGCGUGAGAGAAGUUAAUCAACAUUCAACAAUGGCAAAGAGCAAGGAUGAUAUCGCAUACGGUGCUGCUCAAGCGAAAUUAUCCGAAGACGAAGCUCUAAGAGUCGCUUACAAGCACGGUACGCCACUCGAAUCGGGAAAAAUUUCGGAGUCCGAUACUAUCGAUCUCUUUUCCAGUGCGCACAACAUUUCUCAAGAUACUUCUGCCGGUCGUUAUUCCGCCGCCGCUGCUCAAUCAAUUUCAUCCAAUCAGUUUCGGCGCGGAGGCGAUGAGCAUGAUGAGGGCGGAACAGGAUGCGAUACUGCCGAUCCUUCCGCUGGCCGCCGCUUUGGUUGAAUCGGACCGGUGAGAUCGAUGCCUUUGUUUGCGCUUCUUCCGAGCUUAAGGACUCUCUUUGUUCUGCUAUUUUAUGUGUUGGAAGUGGACGUGAAUCCAUAU